UGAAAUUCGAGGAACGGCUAUAAAAAAAAAUCGAGGAACGCGAUUAGGUUCGAUACUUCUCCUCUUCUCGAUUUCGAUUAUGACGGGGCACAUGAACAAAGACAAGAGCGGCAUGACAGUACGUCAAGAAAAGACACAGGGCGACGUUGAGGCCGACGGCGGAAAGCUGAAGUUUCUGCCGAUGGAGAAUACGGUACGCUCCUCAUGCGCCAUGCGAAUCGGUUAAUUUGUUGGAAGAUCCUCAAAUCUAAACUGUGUUCUAAUUCAUGCUCUUCCUCGGCGGCGGCGGCAAGACGGAGAAGGGGCAUAUGGAUGCUGGGAACCGUACUCGGAAAGAUAAACCAGCCGCAAAUAAACAAAAUAAACGCAUCGAGAACCAUACUCGGAAGGGGAAAGCCAGUAACUCGGGUUGCUCCAAAAAUUACCAUGUAGGUGAACCCCAGCAACAGAUCCGCUCCGACUGUAAGUUCAUAGACUCAUUUAUAUUUGAAAUCCUUUUUCCUUUUUUUUUCAUCUUCAUCUCACGUUGUGUAUGGCUUAUUCAUGUGCGAAGUCUCUACUAAGGGCCUGUUUGGCUCCAGGACUUUUUCCAAAAGUCCCUAUCACAUCAAAAGGAAUCUUACUAUUUUAUAUUAUUAAAUAAAAUCUGUUUAUAAAUGUUUUUUGACAGCUGAGUGCUUUUUCGCGAGACGAAUCUAAUGAGCCUAAUUAAUCGAUGAUUGGCUACAGUGAUGCUACAGUAACCAUUCGCUAAUCAUAGAUUAAGAUACAUCAUUAGAUUCGUCUCGCAGUUUAGCCCCAGGGUUCUGCAGUUAGUUUUAUAAUUAAUAUUUAUUUAAUACUUCUAAAUACUAAAAAGUCCCUAAGACUUUUUUGAAGUCCCUCAAUCUAAACACCCCCUAAAAAGAAGAUGCAGCCGUUGAGUCAGGGGGCAAAAGAUGCUGCAGCAGAGGUUUCUACAGGAAUGCCCGUACACGGACCUUACGGUGCGCUUCCGGUCAUGGGAGGAGAAGGUUGUGGCGAUUCUUAACGUGGUACGUCGUCGAGAAAUCACUGAACGAAAUCCUAGGACACAUUGGGAAGGACCUACCCGCUUCUGUGGAUACAACAUAGCCUUCUUCGACUUUGAAAGAGAGUCUAGGAUUGUGCACGGUCCACUUUUACAUGACAUUCCUCCCUCCAGACAUCAUUAUUUGGAUGACUCUGUCAAUGUUAUCACGAUCAAGGUUGCUGUGUCUGACGUCCGUUUCCCCAUCGAUGUGUAUGGUACCGUAUUGGCAAGGGAUGGGUAUGACCAUAGAUGCAUCUACGUAUUCAGGCGUGGAAGGGAUGCUCCGCAACACAUUACUAAGAAGAACUGUAUGCUAGCUCUAACAGGUCCAAAUCGAGCACUUGGUGGUAUAUAUAAUAUGUGCUUUGAGUUUCAUCUGAAGAUUAAGGGUGAUGGGGAAGUUGAUGAGGAUUUCAGCAAAGGUUUGAUGCCGUGUGGUUCCUAUCGGCCAAGUACUAGAAUACCCUCCACUUAUUCACUACAUAGUUACCUAAGCAGGAUGGACCUGAUGUGUAUGCUUGUUCCAUAUGCCUUGGAAGCUUCUAUUGGAGUCAACUUUUUGAAUGGGGAAUCUACUUUCACUGGCAAAAUACUUGCUUCGACUUCUGCAAGUGAUUCGAUCAAAAUGGUUCUGUAUGACAGUCAAGUGGAUGGCGCCAAGAAAGAAUUUGGAAGUGGUGGAUCUGUGUCGCUACGUCGUCAUGUAGUAUCUGUCGAAAGAGGUCAAGAUCUGCUGCUACAUUUUUAUAUGCAUGAUAGUUACAAUAAAUCUAGACGCCUUAAGUUUGUUAUAGCGAAUGGUGUGGAGGAGCGUAUUUGCGACCUAGGCACUUAUAAGCUGCAGGUGAAGAUCAUUUGGAAGGGUAUUUUCAGUCAGCAAGGUGCUAGUUUGAGGUCCAUUGGUGAUGACCUUGUGUUAUGGUCAUAAUAUUGGGAUGCUAUUCCGUCUAAGAGCAAGAGCAAGUUAUCGCAUCAGAUUGUUGAUGAGUUGGAUGAGAGCAAAGCGAGGUCCAAGAUAAGCCACCUGCAACAUGGACUCCAAGAAAGUUGGGCGAGAGGACGAAGAUGGGUCCUCUAUGAACGGUUUACUCAGUAGCUAUAGCCUAUUCUAUGAGUGUUAUUAGAUUAAGUGCAGACGAUGUGUUAAUUAGAUUGGCUUUACUGUUAUCAACCUUGCUCUUAAUAAAUGUUAUCAGGGUUGUAAAAUGGUGCGAUCUAAGAAUUUCUGGGUGACUUUGAUAUUUUGUCGGCAAUGAAGUCCACUCGUACGCAUUGCAGAACACUA